AAACCAGGUGUACAUGUUUUGGUGUAAGGAUAAACGCGGGGCAGGGCUUUGGAAUCUUUCGUCAACAAACACCAGUGUUUAUUUGGAAUUUCAGUUCUUAAUUGCAGAAAAAUAUAUGUUUAGAGUGUAUUAACCAUGUUUUAAUGCUACAAAAGCAAUUUACCAAAAUGAGACUACACUUCUUGUCACUAUGGGCGCUGUCUGUGGCAGCAACAUGCCAGGCUCAGACCCUAGAGCAGCAGACAUGCAAUGUGGAUCGCAUGUAUGCAGACCACAACAUGGCAGCGGCAGAUGUUGCUCUGGGGUUCGUCGCCGAACUCCGAGACGCAAGCUCCACAGGGACCGGCUGUGGGGAAGUCGGCUAUGAGUAUGUGAUGUUAUGGGAGGCCGCUAGAUGGACUGUGAAUCAGCUGAACAGCAACAACUAUGUCAAUGGAGUGAAAUUUGGUUUACGUGGCUAUGACACAUGUGGAUCUGCACACAGGGCGAUUGCCUCGAUGAAUCAUUUCUACCAGCAGUUCUCAGCAUCAUCAAUGUACUGCAAUCAAACAAGCAGCAAGCUCAACCUUGGUGUUGUCGGUACUAUGAGCAGCACAACCACAAAGCCCAUCGCAGCUUUGUCAACCAAUUUUCCAACCUCGGUCAUAUCACCACUGGCUGUCUCACCCCAGCUGAGCGAUAAAUCAGAGUACCCAUACUUUCUGAGGACAAGAUUUUCUGCUGUUGACCAAAUAAAAACGAUGUUAUCCACAAUGGUGACCCUGAAGUGGGAGCGCAUCAUUAUCAUCUACACCGACAACGACUACGGGCGCGACUAUUACAACGAGUUCAUCAAGCUGUCACAGAACAACCAGGUGUGCGUCGUAGCAGCCAUAAGUGUACCCGGAAGUCCCAAUUUGCCUGCAUACAUGGAGAGAUUAAAGGCAGUUGGCACUCUGGAUGUGACGGCUGCUGCAUUCUUUGGUGUCCACAGCGCAGCAACGAUGAUGCUAUCAGCCAUUGAGAACUUGAACAACAGUGCCCAAAACCUUCAGUUCAUGCUGACUUCACUAAACUUGGGGUUGCCGAUAACCGUAAACCGGGCACGAGGCUUGCUGGUCGUUCUCCCCUCGUACACUGAGGUCACAGAGUUCUAUGACUACUGGACAGCAUCGAUUGACGCCAACAAUCCCCCGCCUGAAAACCCCUGGUACAAGGACUGGUUCAUGCGAACAUUCCAAUGUCGUCUACAAGGGGUGAACUACGAGCCAUAUGUCCGCUACUCCGACUGCGACCCCAAAUCUCCGGCCCAGAAGCGUGCUGCAACCAACACCCGGAUCCCCUACCUCGACACAACUGUCAAGGCAGUGCUUACUUACGCGAAAGCGCUGAAGACGGCUCACCAGCAGACUUGUGGCAACCAGCCUGGACUGUGCCUUGGUCUGAGACAGAUGACUGCCGAACAGUUCCAUAACAACUACUUGAAAGUUGUCGACUUUGAUCUCAACGAAUUUGGUAUUACCAGUCUGAAUGGCAAACGUGUGAAGUAUGACAUCACUGGAGAUUUCUACAUGGCGGGACAUGAUAUCUUCAACGCCAAUAAUCAGCCUAUCGGUGGCGCAUUUACAUUCAAAAAGGUUGGAGAUUUCAUGGAUGGCAAGUUGAAUCUCAACACCUCUCUGAUGUAUUUCUACAACGACCCUCGCACCGCUCCACUCCCAAGCAUACCGACUUCUCCAUGUCCGCCCAGCGGAUGCAAGAACUGCCUUGUGCCAAGGGAAAUGGUCCAUUUUAACUACAAGCCAGGGGACAUCGUUCUUGCAGGGCUGUUUGACCUUCAUUCCCAAGGAUCUGAGGUUUUGACCUGUGGGUCCUUGAAGGCAGUUCAUGCUCUCAAUGCCGCUGCUUUCACAUUUGCAGUGGAGAGAGUCAAACAACAAUUUUCUAUACUACCCGGGGUAAACCUUGGAUCCCUGAUCAUUGACCUCUGCGAUAAUGCUGAAACUGGAAGAAUAUUGUUGAAUGAUUUAUUAGCAGGGAGGACCAUUGUGGCAGAUGUCCAUGGGACUGUUGUAGACCCGAAUUUGAUCUACACUGUUGUCGGAGAGCUUGAUUCUACUGAAGCGAUGUCCAUGGCAACCAUGUUAGGCUACUUCUCUAGGCCUUACAUAGAGUCAUCUGCAACAAGCGUGGAGCUUAGCAACAAGGACAAGUAUGAGAUGUUUAGCCGAGCUGUACCUUCUGAUUAUCAUCAGAUGAUGGCCAUUGUCUUGUUGUUGAAAAAAAUGAACUGGAAUUACGUUCAGGUUGUACAUUCACCGAACGCGUACGGUCGCACUGGGUAUAAAACGAUUAGAGAUGAGGGUGCCAAAAGGUCCAUCUGUGUUGCCACGAGCCAAGAGAUUGGAAAAGAUGGCACACUUGCAACAAUUGUAAGAAAUUUGAAUGAAAAGCCAGAGGCUCGUAUCGUCAUAGCAAUCGUUGACAGUUAUGAUUACAGAACGAUGCUCCAGGCAUUGAAAGACCAGAACCUGGUUGGUCGCUUUAUCUUGAUUGGAACCGAGACUUGGGGAAAAAGAAUGUCCAUUGUGAGCGGACUGCAGAGUGCUGCAGAGGGCAGCAUCACCCUUGACAUUGAUGGCCCUAAUAUCCAAGAUUUUAGAACAUGGCUGGACGGGAAGAACCCAUCAGAUAUGACCAUAGCUAGGGACAUGCCGUUUUUAGUGGAGUGGUACCAGUACGCCUACAGUUGCUACCUCGACGCGCAGAACAAAGGGGUCUACACCAACCAAUGUAACCCAAACCUUCCACUAACUCAGGCAACAAAGUACGAGGAGUCGGCCUAUACUCCGUUUAUGAUCACUGCGACUUACGCCGCUGCUAGAGCAAUCGAUGCAACAUUGAGAGUUUACUGUGGGGAUGCCAACAGAAAUUACAAUGGAAUAUGUUGGCAAUUUAGAAGCAACCGUAUGGUACCGGUGAAUAUACAAGAUUACCUGGAAAAUUCCACGUUUAACCUAGAUGCUUUUCCUUUCAAGAUGGUGGACGGUGAAGGGAAAGCUAGUUAUUCCAUAUACAGCUACAGCGGUGGGCUGUACACAAAGAUUGGAACAUACCUAACUGAAAGAAGCGAACUCUCCAUGCCACAGAAUCCAGCUUCCCUCCCUGCUGGGUUCACCUCCGUCUGCUCUGGCUCCUGUAGCGAAUGUGUAUAUCUCGUGCAGACCGAGCCUUUCUGGUCGAUCCCUUUCAAGGACCUAAACCUCGGUGUGAAUUUCGCCGCUCACGAUCCCGGGAGCGAACCGUUUCUGUGUUCCGGAAUUCGCUUGACAAAUGGCUUCCAAUCCUACUUGGCUGUCAAGUACGCCAUAGAACAGGUGAACAAUAAGCUGGCACCUGUUGGCCUGAACAAUGUCAGCCUCGGUGCUUUUAUGCUGGAUCACUGUAACAGCCCUGCAAGAGCUUAUGGAAUGCCAGCUGCUCUUUACUCUGGCAUCUUCGAUACCAUGUUUGAGGGUGCACCAAACUUGAAUACAAUUCGAGGCUGGUUGACAGACAAUAAUUUGGUCACUGCAGAAAUGAAGGACUUCUUCAGUGAUUUCAAUCUGCCUGUGAUCAGUACCAUGGGAUCAGCAAACAAAUUCCUCAAUGACGAGGAAUACCCAACAUUUGCUCGUACAUUCCAAGGGGAUAGUACUAUUGCAUCAGCAUUAGCAGUGUUUAUUCAAUCAAUGGGCUUUCGGUAUGUUAGCUUCGUGUAUUCUGAUGACGAGGAUGGCCGAACUGGGCUGGAAACAUUCAAGGAUAUUGCUGUUAAGGAAGGAAUCUGCAUCAUUAAGGCAAUACAAAUGGGGAACAUGACAGACGAUGCUUUGGUUGCAGAUCUUGUCGCCCUACCGUCUCACGUGGUUGUGACAUACAUUGGACAAGGUGAUAUGGACAAGUUGCUGACAGCGAGGGGAAAGAAUUCAGUGGCAGACGGUCUUCUGAUCAUUUCACCUGAACCAUACCCAAUGCUACUGUAUAGGCAUGGUUUGGCGGCGAAAAACGUCCUCUCGCUGAGAAUGAAAACAAAUGUAUUAGAAAAAUACCAGAAAUCACUGACAGACAUUACUGAUUUUAGCCAAUCGAUUAUGAGAGAAUAUUAUAUGGCUCUUUUCAAAUGUAACUUACCGGGAGAAUACAGAUACAGCACAUCGUGUGGCCCGUUACAGAAGCUCACCUCAAGCCCAAUCUUCUAUCAAGACAACUACAUUCUACCCAUCAUCAAUGCAGUCUACUCGUUUGUGCAGGCAGCGCAUCAUACGCUCAGAGAACAGUGUGGCGACAAUUAUAAUGGCAUGUGCGCCCGUUUUUACACUGACGUCGAUACUAACUCCAUCCUUUAUGACAAACUGAAGACAAUAGGAUUUUCCGAUGACAGCCGGUCCACUUUCUCUUUCAUUGGGCAGGAGGGAAACACACGACGGGAAAUUGCACUCUUUGAUGGCGCAAAAAUGCGGACAUGCCUCGCCAACAAAAUGAAGAUCACAUUCAUACCCGGAGAAAUCCUUCUGGGAGGAAUAUUUGACGUUCAUAAAAGCUCCUUGGAGGCGUUUUCCUGUGGGGAAAUCAACACACUUCAUGGGUUCCAGUUGUUGGAGGCAUUCCAAUUUGCUCUAAACAAAGUUAACGACAAAACUGGCCAGUUUGGCAACAUUUUGAAAAACGUCAAAAUCGGGGGUGUUGGCCUUGAUGCAUGCCAAAGCGCAGUUCGCGGUGGCUUUCUCGUUUCAAACAUCUUCAGUGGAUUGACAAAGCUGUUACAAAAUGACCAGUUUGUGGACCCAGACAAAAUUGACACCAUUGUUGGCACUUAUUCGAGCGGCAGGUCAAUCCAUCUGGGACGCAUUCUGAAAAGCCUUCAGCUGCCUCAGAUCAGCUACGGAUCCACCAGUGUCACCCUUGCUGACGCAGACAGGUAUCCGUACUUCAUCCGUACUGUUCCAGCAGACGACCGGCAGGUGACUGCCAUGGUGAAAUUCCUUCGCGAGUUUGAUAUCAGGUACGUCCAGAUUGUUCAUACAGCUGAUAACUAUGGUAAACAGGGAGCGGCAACUUUUAAGCGGAUCGCAGCUGACAACAAAGUGUGUGUCGCACAAACAAUCUCGUUCCUAGACAAAGCAGAAAUCACUCUACAAAAUGCUGAUGACAUUGUAUCUACCCUUCUCCAAAAGCCAGUUGCAAACACUGUUGUUGUCUUUGCCGACAGUUCACACAUAAAUGAACUUCUGCAAGCUGUAAAGCGCUACCCCGAAGCCCAUAAGAAAUUCAAAUUUAUUGGUUCUGACACUUGGGCAAACAACGUUGAAUCUACCCAGGGCGUAGAAAAUUUUGCUGUAGGUGCAGUAACAUUUGACCUUGAUGUAAAAGAUAUACCCGAAUUCGACCAAUACUUGUCCACUAAAACACCUGCCAAUUACCCGGAGAACCCAUGGUUUGGUGAAUAUUACGAAGCCAUUCACAACUGUUACUUGACCAUUCCUAAUGCCCGCUACCCAGAAAGAUGCAGAGGAACACAAAAUAUUGUCACCUCACCACAAUACAAGCAGGACACUGGUAUCAUCCACGUCAUUAAUGCGGUUUAUGCUGCUGCAUAUGGACUCGAUGAAGCUCUUAAAAUAGAAUGUGGAGCAAACUACACAACGGUUUGUGAGAAGUUCAAGAACAGGGACAUGCGUCGCCUAUUCCUGCUAAACAAAACCAAAGAGGUGGAGUUUACAGACCCCUCUGGUAGCAAGUUCAGCUUCUACAAUGGUAGUGGUGAUGGCAAGAUGGGGUACAUUAUGUACUCGCUGGAAUCUGCUCAGGCCAACACAUACGCUUACACGCCGAUUGGACGCUACUCCAUUGAUGGAGAGUUGUCUGUCACUUCUGGUUAUCGUCCGAUGUGGGACAGCAGUUGCAAACGCGCUGACUCCUGUACGGAAUGUCCAGCUAUACGGGACCUCAUUACAAGGUACAUGUUUCCAACGACGUCCACUUCAAACACUGACACAUUGAUAUUCCUGACUAAUGUUCAUGAUCAGGGGAACGACGAGUACCUCUGUGGCAAAAUGGCCAUGAUAGGAAUUCUGAAUGCCCUUUCGUUUGUGUACAAAUUGGCAAACACCACCCGCUUUCGUCCUCUUGUCAUUGACAAUUGUGACAACCCAAUAAGGAUUGACCAAGAUCUCCUGAACAUUUUUGCGCGAGGACAACUGUGUAAUGAGAGGCUGAAUGAACAGGGUAACCCUGUCAGCAAGUCAAACAUUGUGGGUGUUAUCACAACAGGCUCUCGGUUUGUGGUGGCUGCAAACAGAGUCACUGCGCCAAACCAGAUAACACUUCUUGGAACAAUCUCUUCGUCAAUUGCACUAAGUAACAAAGAGAAUUACCCAUACUUUGCACGCAUGGUUCCGCCUGAUAGCGUACAAAUGGAGGUCAUAGCAAGGAUCCUGAAAACCAAUGGUUGGUCCUACAUUGGUGUUAUUUACAGCAAAGAGAGUUACGGGAUCAACGCGUUCAGGGAGCUACAAAGAAUUGUUAAUGAUGGUAAAUACUCUUGUAUUGGCUCUGCUGUGGGGGUAGGAGUUAGUGACUCACCCGAAGAUAUCAGACCAGCCGUGCGCACCAUAGCCGAGGUGGACGGCAUAAAUGUGAUAGUCCUUUUGAUUAUUAAUCCAACUGAGGUUCUUCAAGCCAUUAAAGCAGAAGGUUUGGACAAAAAAUUUGUUGUUAUUGGAGCUGAUACGUGGUCAAAUGUGAUGUCUGUAGUUGAAAGUUUUCAGGGAGACGAAAUAAAGAAUUUCAGAGGCGCAAUUACUGUCGGCAUAAGAGAUGCUUUUUAUGAUCCGUUCUACAACUGGCUGAAAAACGAGUUUAGCUGGAACAAAAGACUGGGACUGCCAGAUGAUUGGUUUGAGGAGUUCUAUCAGAAUGUCCAUGAAUGCAAGCUGGCAAACCCAAAAACUGCAGUGCGGGUCUCAUAUAGCGCCACGUGUCUGGAAACUGAGAUGAUGACGUUAGAAAAGAUUGACAAGCUCAAGAGUCACGGAGUUGGACUGGGACCAAUUGCAGCCUCACAUGUGAUCAUUGAGGCAUAUAUCGCAUUUCAGCGGGACUUGAAUUGCUUUGGCAAAACAUUUGCUGAAUGCACAGCAUCUCCUUCCACUUCCCGCGUAAACCUCUUCAAGCAGACGCUUGACACUAAAUGGAGUAUCCCUAUCAGUGAUGUGUCAUCGAAGGAAACGUUCAAUGUUGAGUUGGGCGAAGAUAGAUACUGGGACGUCGGCUACUCCAUAUACACCCUAACCAUAGACGGAAAUGAUCAUUACGCAUAUAAAAAGAUCGGGAGUCAUAUGAAUGAUGUCUUCACAUUCAAUUCAACCUCGUAUGCACAGGAAGGAAAAAGUGGCAUUCGGUCAGCUUGUCCAGAAAGUCAAAUUUGUGACUGUGUUGUGGACGACAAACCAACAUCAGAUAAACAAGUAAAUCCAAAAUACAUGAGAGAUCAUGAACCACGGAACUAUUUUGUGUAUGACGAAGAUACUGGAAAAAAGGUGCUGAAUUGGCCAAUAUGGGCCAUUGCAGUGGGUGUACUGACCUGUAUCGGUCUCCUUGUCGGCAUAUUACUGUUUUUCUACUUCUUGAUCUUCUAUCCUGUUCGAGGCGGCACGACAUUCCUUGGUUUCCUGGUGAUGUUAGGUAUCCUCUGCAUAUAUGCCAUAAACUUUGCGUUCUUCUAUCCCGCCUCCAAGGACACAUGCGGAAUCCGGGAAUUCCUGAUGGGGGUGGUGUAUGCGAUCGCCCUUGCCCCUCUCCUAGUUAAGGCUGUCGACAACUGGCGGUUCAAGGACACCGAGUUCAGCCCAGACAGAUAUGUGGGUCUCACUAGCCCCGUGUCAUUGGUGCUCAUCGCCAUUGGCAUCAUCCUGGUCCAGUGCAUCAUACCCAUAGAGUGGCUCAUACUGAAGCCGCCGUCUGCCAGCCUCAUGCAGGACUCAACGCUGCAGCACGAUUGGAUGUGGUGCGACCCGCACGAUUUCUACGAUAUCUCCAUCGUGCUGUCCAUGGUGCUGAUCAUUUUCCUGGUAGUGCUGACAGCAAUUUUCUCAGCGCUUUCCUGGGACAGCGAGAGCAACUAUUUUGAGUCUCGCUGGAUCUUCGUGUCCUGCGUCUGCACGGCCGGCUGCUUCCUUGUCUGGAUGAUCGUCUCCACCAGCGCGGGACCGCCGUUCCGUGACCCAGCCAUUGCCAUAGGCAACCUGCUGAACGCCACGGCGCUGCUCAUAUGUAACCCAUUCAGGAAGCUGGUCCUGCUCAUAAAGUUUUCUUCAGAAGAAGAGAAGGCAAAGAGGUUUCCACCUGAUGAUGCUAACGGUGAGCUGUAUUCCAAUGUAUACAAUAACCAAAUGUACCAGCCAGAUGCUGUUCCAUCCAAUGACUCAAAAGUCCCGUCUGAAAAUGGCUACCAAUAAACAUAUAAGUACAUCAUUGAAUGAUGACAGACUUCAACUCACUUAAACAUAAUAAUGUUGUGUCAAGGACGUCCGUUGUACAAUGGCAGUGUAGUAGUGUGUCAAGGACAUCUGUUGUACAAUGGCUAUGUAGUAGUGUGUUCAAUCUGUGGAUACAUUAAGGAAAUAUUCUACUUUGUCCUUAGAUUUACUAAACUUGGAUAUAGUAAGAAAGGCCUUUAAUAUAAUGUAACUUUCUGAGGGACUACAAAAGCUUAAAAAUUUGUUUCUAAGUGGUAAAGGGUUAAUUCAGUAGAACAGUUUUUCAUUCAACCCAUGGCUUGUAUUUGUUAAACACAUAAGUGUGCUGGUGUUGAUGCUAAAUCAAUCUGGAAAUAAAAACUGUUUUGUUAUAAGUUUGUUGAUGAAUGUUUGGUAAUGUAUGAAAUUUGUAUUGUAUAUUUUGAACAAUAGUGUUUUCUUGCAAUAUCUGUUAAUUUAGAAAAUGUGUUUGUCUAAAGGCUAUAAAUUUAGAUAAAUCGUCUUGCUGAAAGCUACACUUUUUUAUCCAUGUGCGUGCAGGCACAUUGAAACUCCUCAGAACUCCUAAUCAUUAUUUAUUUACCAAUAAAUACUCGUUUACAGACAAUAUUGUCUGUUUCAUUAAGAGACAAUGAUUUCUAUUUUAGAUUGUGUUUCAUUGUAAUGAUUGUAUGAACAGAUAGUUUGAGAGUAAAUAGUAAUAUGCUUUUGUUCUCAUCUAAAAAUAUUUGUUAGACAUAAUAUAACAUGAUAAUUAUGUUACAUAACGUUCAUGUACAUGGAGACAAAAUGUCCCUAUUGAUGCCCGUUAGUUCUGUUUAAUUUUUAUUACUUGUGCUAUUUAUAUAGUUGACCAAAAUAUACUUGUAUAUAGCCAUUUUUUUUUACAAUUAUCUAUAAAGUUUGUUUUGCUAUUAAUAAAAACUUACCAUUGAAAGUAAAAUUUAUUUAUACUUAUUCAAAGUAAUGACAAUUUUGCUACAUAUAUAUUAGUGAAACCAUGAAAAAAAAACGACUUUCUAAUUGAUUUUUGUUGAUUGAGUAGAGCUUACUAGAUGUAAUAAAGAAAACGUUACAAUUUUUAUUUGAACAUGUUAUCAUAUUAUUUUGUCGAAAUGCAUAUAUUUUGUUAAGGAGAUUUGUGAAUAUGCUGUAGUUACUCAUUAUUAUGCAAAUUUGUACUGCUAUGAAAAUAAAACAAUCUUUUAUAUUUGUA